AUGCCCCUUUCCGACGGGGUUCCCUCUUCGCCCCCAGGGCCCGGCACAUCCCUCGAAGAAUCCUUGAAAUACUACAAAGCGCAAUAUGAGUCGCUUGAGGCCGAGCUUGCCGACUUCCAGGCAUCUAGCAAAGACCUCGAAGCCGAGUUGGAAAAGGACAUUGAGGCAUCGGAAAAGCGCGAGCGUCAGCUGAGGGAGAAGGCAGCCAACCUCCAGUAUGAAGUGGAUGAAUGGAAGACAAAAUACAGGCAAUCCAAGACGGAGGCCUCCAACGCUCAAAAUACACUGCAGAAGGAGAUCACCGAACUUCGAGACACAAACCGGACACUACAGAUGCGAUUGCGUGACAUCGAAGUCGCCAAUGAUGACUUCGAGAGGAAGCAACGGAAUACGGAGUCGUCGCUCGAAGAUAUGGAAUCCAAAUACAACCAGGCUCUCGAGAGGAAUGUCCUGUUGGAGGAGGAAAUGCGCACUGGAGAGCAAGAGCGUGAGAGCUUACGCAUUGAAGCUCAGAGGCUGCGCGACGAAUUGUCCGAUCUGAAGAUUGAGACCGAUAUCACCAAGGAAAAGCUGCGCAAGGCUAUGGAUGCUUUGGCACGACGGGAAAAGGGUCUGACGCUGCAUCCUAUUGCAAUAUCAUCCUCGUCGCCACGUUCAGAGUUGUCACCAACCACCACCAGCGCGUCGUCCCCAACUUUUGACACUCCUCCCGCGAAGGCCCCUUCGUCCUCUGGCCUUUCCGACACCCCGACACCCCCAUCACCUCCCAUAUCGGACGGAUCAACCAAUGUGUCCAAAUCGUUUUUGACACCCCGACUGCCCAAAGUUCGGCCAUCGAUAAGUGGCACCAUUUCGACACAACGGCCCUCGACCACGACCUCCGCUACCACCAACAACACUGCACCAGUCAGGCCCCGAGGGCAUGCUCGCGGCCCAUCAAUUGCUGCGUUGUCAAGGACUGGGCCUUCGUCGACGUUCCGACAAAGCUUGUCCAGGAACGGGCCGAUCGCCUCUCGGGCGGCGGGGUUGCCUCAAUCAACAUCUAUCAUUCAUCUUAGGGACUUGCGCGGGAAAAUGCAGAAGUUGGAACAACGCGUGCAGACUGCCAGAUCAAAACUUCCAGCACCCGUGCAUACGCCGCCGAGGGCAUCCCCUAGAAGUGGGUCGGCAUUGGGCAACCACGUUCCUGCAUCUGUGACGGUACGGACUCGCAAGCGUACUGGCGGAAGCACCAUUAAUGGAGUGGACUCUCUACCUGACAAGGGAAAGGAGACACCGUCUGUCAGGUCGAGAGCAAGCCGGCCCUCAUUAGCAACUCAACAGCCUCCUUCCCCGAUCAGAGGUGGAAUGGCCGCCCCACCACCACUCAGGCCAGCAUCUAGGGCCAGUGGUAUCUCUGGGCGAACCCCCUUUACGCCAAGCCACAGUCGUCCCGGCAGUCGGGCUAGCGUGUCUGGCUUUCGGGUUGCCUUAGGGAGCGGCAUCGGGCCAACCCAUGCCCCGAACGCCUCGACCGACCGAGUUCGACCGAAGAGCAGUCUGAGCAGCUAUGGCUAUGAUGGAACUCUGGACGAGGAGGACAGUGUCAUUGUACCGGCCCCGACGGACUUGAGGGAAGCAGCCACUCCGACGCCACGUCGCACCACGUUUGCAAAGCGCACGAGUGAUGUUGGUUCGAUCAUCCCGAGUCCCACGAAACGAAGCAGUAUUGGCGGUGCGUCGACGAAACUACCGGGUUUUGCCAGGCGGCAGAGUUCUGGAUUUGCUCGUGCGGACAGAGCGACAGACAUGAGACCGCCUUCCCGCCAGCUGAAUAAUGUGCGCGAAGGAUACGACUUGCACGAGACUUUUUGA